UUCAAAUCCAAAACGUUCCCUCUCAAAUCUCUCGCACCCAAAGUUUCCAAUUCUCACUCGCAUUUGGAUCUCACUCGUGAAACCCAAUGAAUUCUCACAACAUCCAAGCGGGAGAAGCAAAUCCAAAUAAACAAUGGUCCUUGCAAGAUUUCGAGAUCGGAAAACCCCUCGGGAAAGGAAAAUUCGGCCGAGUUUAUCUUGCUAGAGAAGCCGAGAGCAAGUACAUAGUGGCUUUGAAGGUGAUAUUCAAGGAGCAAAUCGAAAAGUACAGAAUUCAACACCAGCUGAGGAGAGAGAUGGAGAUUCAAACCAGCCUUCGGCACCCGAAUAUAUUGCGACUCUAUGGGUGGUUCCACGAUGCUGAACGCAUUUUCUUGAUACUCGAAUAUGCUCAUGGUGGCGAGCUUUAUGGGAAGCUUAGGAAAAGCGGCCAUCUUUGUGAGAACCAAGCCGCCACCUACAUUUUGAACCUCACGCAAGCAUUGGCGUAUUGUCAUGAGAAGCAUGUGAUUCAUAGGGACAUCAAGCCAGAAAAUCUGUUGCUUGAUCACGAGGGACGAUUGAAAAUUGCAGAUUUUGGAUGGUCUGUACAGUCGAGAAGCAAGAGACACACCAUGUGUGGAACUUUGGAUUAUUUAGCACCAGAAAUGGUGGAGAAGAAGGCUCAUGACUACGCCGUUGAUAACUGGACUUUGGGUAUCCUUUGUUAUGAGUUCCUUUAUGGUGUCCCUCCAUUUGAGGCUGAAAGUCAGAGCGAUACCUUUAGAAGGAUAAUGAAGGUUGACCUGAGCUUCCCUUCCACUCCUCAUGUUACUGAAGAAGCCAAGGAUCUCAUUCUUCGGCUUCUGGUGAGGGACUCCUCAAAACGGCUCUCUCUUCAGAAGAUCAUGGAGCAUCCUUGGAUAGUCAAGAAAGCAAAUCCUACGUGAAUUUGCAGUAACUAAGAGUUUAAACUUUUGAUCUGAUUCCCCAUGGCUUUGAGAAACUGGUAUGGUCGAAUUCUGCUUCUAAUGGCAUAAUUUGUAGGCAAAUGAAGCAACUUCCAGAGUUCAUCAUUGUAAUCUCCAAUCUGCCUUCACACUAUGCUAUACUCAAUGACUCUGAAGCAUUGAUUUACAAAACAAAGCUCGAGUCUCGUGUAUGAUACCAUUUGUAUAUGAGAGUAUGUUCUCCUUCUAGAUUAGUGUAGGUAACAACCAUUGUUUAGAUAAUUGGAUGUUUGAAUCAACUUCCUGCAUGUGUUGUUGCAACCAUUGAAUUAUCAUUUCAAAUGUAAAUCACGAGUUAAUCUUGCCAGAUU